AUUGCACUCACACAAAUAACUCAUUUCUGCUCCGCCUUACCUUUUUUCUCUUCGCCUUUAAACGUAAGAACACAAAUCAGGCAUGCACGGUAACUCACUCAACUUCUUCGACGAUCAGAAAUACGUGAAAGAACUGGAAAAGUUGAAACUCACACAUACAGUUACGGCUGAACAGCCGCAGCAGUUAAAAGUAGUUAAGGGUGAUUCUGGAAGUAGAGCCAACAAAUACAGGAAAAAUGCCCUUAAUACAAUCGAUGAUGGCAUGUAUAUUAGGGAUGAAAACAGAUGGAAUGAAGAUGUGGCAUUUGCUAAUGUUACAAUUACGACCACUGUAGCUACAACUAGCCGAUUCUCCUCGUUUACCAGCUUUUUUAACUCUAUAGCGGGGAAACUCAAUUUCUUCAACGAUAAGACGUCCAGCACCGUUAAGUUAUCAAACACUGCCAUCGAUACUGUCGCAUCUUCUUCUUCUGCGUUACCCUCCCUCAGUUUUGGUAAAGAAGGAAGAUAUCAGCCUAAUAUAUCAGCAGUGGCCCAAAGAAGCCAAAGUAGUAUGUGUAAUGCUACUACUGCUGCUGCUUACGGUACUAUUAUCAAUAGUGAUAAGGUGGAGAAACUCGAUGUUUUAACCUUUCAUCCCCUUUCCUUUGAUAAUAAUGAACCUAAUGGCACUAUGGUUUUAGUGAAUUAUGACGUUACAAAUGUCAAUUCCACUAUUACCGGUUCCAGGAAUGCUGCUGAAAAUGUUGAGAAGCUGGUUAUUGACCUUGUUUCUUCUGACGAGGAGGAGGUAACGGCAGUGGCUGACAGAGAUAUUGAGCUCAAUAGUGACAAAGAUGAUACGCAUAGUAUCAUAACGAUCAGUAGCGAUGGUAGUAGUUAUAUUGAUAACGACGAUGCCUACAGCCAAUUAGAAUUAGCAGUUAGCAGUGAUGCUAGGGAUAACGAUUAUGAUCGAAUUUCUUCUAGGCUUCAAUCUAGGGGCAAAAAACGCGAUAGUCACCUACUCAACGUAAAAAGAAAAAAAGCUCUUGCCGAAAUGGGUUCGAGGCAGAGAAAGGGUAGGCUUCACAGAGUUAAUGAAUUCUUAGUUACACGCUUUCAAAGAAAGGCACGUGAGAUGAUAAAGAAUGACCAAAUUGUAAUAUGCUGCCCAAUAUGUAAGGUCCGACUUCAAGUUGAUCCCGAAUGCCCGUUGAAAUCGCCAGUUAACGUCAGAGGCAUACUUUAUUGUGGCGGUUGCUACAGAUUGAAAGCUAUAGCUACCAAUGACAAGGGUCUUAAAGAUAUUAUCAAUUGGCUGAAGACAGGACAAUUCCCAGCAGAGGAAAGCGAAAAAAGCAUUGAUUUAGGAGAGCUACACCGCGCUAUGGUAAGACGAUCGAUCUGUUAUCAGAAUUUCCAACUUCGGCGGCAUCGUCAAUUGCCAUUCAAUAUUACCCCGCAGCGUCUAUAUGAGUUGUGCCUCAAAAGUAAUUUAUGUUGUGCAAUCAGCAAUCAACCUGUACUUUUAGGCCAAGGAAAAUUUUAUUCUAUUACCAUCGAUCAUAUUCUGCCCAAAAGAGAUGCUCAUGUCACGACAUGGACUAUGGGAAAUUUACAGGUCAUGAGUUAUUUGUUCAACAAUAUUAAGGGAUGUUAUAGCAAUGAAGAAACAAUAAGAUACCAUAGACAGUUAAUGGAUAACAUUGACGAUUAUGUUGAUUAUGUUUGAUAAACAUUAAUUUAUACUCAUUUUUUAUUCCUCCGGACACUGAAAUAAAGC